AUGGCAGCAGACAAGAGGCACCAUCAGGUGUUGGGCCGCGCACUACCAUCAAAUGAUGCAGAGGAUGACGCUCCAAAUCAGGGUUACGGCAACGACCUCACCAAAGCGCGCAACCUUUACGACACCGUGAACAAGGCCCUUACGACCACCGUCAACGGCGAGUUCUUCGAAGGCACCAAAUCGUCCAACGCCAACCGCCAGAGCCAGCUCCCUGAGAUCUUUCAGCUUCGCGACCAAAUCGAGGGCCUUGUCGACAGCGUAGCCAAGAAGGAGCGCUUGAUCGCCGAGCAGGAGCGCAUCAAGAACGAAGGAGCUUCCAAGCCGGCAGUGUCGAACGCCACCAUUCAAGUGAUGGUCCAAAGUGCAGUCGAGCAGCAGCUAGAGAAGAAGCUGCGUGAUGAGAUGAUCAAGCGCGAGCGUGUUGAAGGACGCCUGCAGAAGCUGGAGGACAAGCAGCCUGCCACCAUCGAGGGUGCGAAGAAGAUUAAGAAGCCAACACCUGCAAGUGCGGAUGACCUCAAAGACUUGCGGCGCAAGGUAGCAACUCAGGAGGCCGAAUUCAAGAAACUUGAGGCCAAGCAUGAAAUAACUAUCAAGGAACUUGAAGAAAACCUUCACCACCAGGAAAGUGAGAUCCUCGAUCUCAAGACACGAAAUGCAACCUUCGCGCGGGAAAGGACCACUCUGGAUUCGCGAGUGUGGAGUCAAGGUGUGAAGCUGUCAAAAAUGCAGGAGAUGGAGACGACUGUGAAGGAUCAUGGCACAAGAAUCACGGAGCAGUUCGCGAAGCUAAACCAAUUGAGUCGCAAAUGUGACGAGUUAUGGGAGAGCUUUGGAAACUACCGUGCGCAGGCAGACAGUGUUCUAGCUGAUCUCCAUAAUUUUAUCGACGAGGAAACGGAGCACGAGGAUUCCAGCGUGGACGAGGAUGAGGGUGGUACUGCCGGUGACAGCAAGGCCGACGACAGCAGUGACGGGGAGAGCGAUUGCUCGAGCUACGACGAUUACCGGUAUUUUAUUAGCCGACGAUACUAG